CCCAUAAACCUCAUAGAAGUUCAUGGUUAUGAAGUUACUUUCCUCCUCAUUUCUCCUGUUCCUGUAAAAGCGGAACUUGUUUCCACCAGUGUUUUUGUGAAAUGAUAAAAUGAGUAACCCAGUGCGACUGCCAACUAAAUAUAGUAAGAAAUGGCUGUUUCUCAAAAUAGACUCCUUAAAAACUAAAGUACAAGGAGCUUUAUCAAAUGCCUAAUAACAGGCAUUUAUAUUCAACAACUGUAUAAAACAGCUUCAGUUUCAAUAACAUCUGCUUCAAUCCAGUAUUCAGCAUGCCAAAUGAAUGUUACUUAUUUUUGUGAUUUUCUUUACAUUUUUUUUUUUUACAUUUUUAAAAGAUAAUCAAAUUUGUCCAUCAAUUAAAGCGGAAUAAAUAUGUGAAAUCAAAACUUUUGAUAUCGUCAUGUGUAGCGUCAUGUCUUGACAUUUUCCUCAGCAAAAUUCGUGUUUCCACCUCCAACAGAAAAUAGCUUUUCCUUAACAUAAUAAAUAUAGUCGUUAGUCAUUAAUGGGCUAAAUAUGGACUGUUGUUGUAAUUCUCCUCCCGGCCGCCGGUGGCAGCACUGAGCUCUCAGUCAAUUCACCCGCCAUCUUGGAUUUUACACUGCGCCUGUGAGGGGACCGAACUUCAGCGACACUUCACCUGAAUAAGUAAAGUUUUUUCACUUUAUAACAACUUCACAUCCACCUGAAACCACCUGAACCGUCCCUGACAAGUCCACCUUUAACCCAGCGGCGUUGUCUCUGCCCCGGCUCGCUCCUAGAAGAAGCCGGUGGACGUUAAACGCCGUAAGUCCGAGCUCCGUGAAGCAGCUAGCCGAGGGUGGCUCGGUGUAACCGGGGACAUGGAGCACCGCUGCAGCCACUGUGGCGCUGCCAUAGAGAGACAGACCAAAGGAUAUAAAAGAAAGUCUCUGCUGUCGCUGACGGACCGAAGGAGCGCUCAGAAACUGUUCCCGGACCUGAACCCCGCGGAGGCGUUUUUGUGUUUCGCCUGUGUGCGACUGGUUUUUCAGAGAACGAAGAAAAGUGGGAACAAGCGGGUUUACGUGGACCCUCAGCCCCGCUCCUGCCCGGCUCCCCCGGCCCGUCCUGCCGCCUCUGUCCCGGCAGAACCGCCUCCUCCGAAAAAGCUCAAGAAGAGGCUCAAAACGACUCUGAACGAACACGACUACGCGUCCCAGGACCCGUCGCCCUCCCCCCGGUCCGACCCCCCACCGGCCCGGCGCAUCCGCCGCGGACCGAUCCCGCAGAUCUGCGGGUAUCUGCGGAAGAAGAACUUCAGCUCCGCUCUGAACCGACUGCUGCAGGUGUCCGGCUUCAGGGAGGCUCUGAUCAAAACCUGCUCCAAGAUCAUCUCCGGUGAGCGUAAACAGAUGGUGAACGACCUGGACGGACCGUACAGGAAGACCUUCAGCCCAGAGAACCUGUCAGCCUUCAGCUGGGAUAAGACUACUUCCUGGGCUGAAGAGAAAGCUCCUCUGACUGUGGCCUGCCUCAGAGCCAUGUUUCCUCCCGCCAAAAAGAUCCAGAAACAGAUGGUGAACUAUGGCCGAGGGAAUAACCCACGGCAGAUGACUGAGGACGAGGUGAAGCAGAUGUUGGACCGGAGGAUCAGCCUCCUCCUCUCAGUACCUCUGUACACCAGCACAGUCAGAGCCUGUUUCCUUCAGACCGCCUUCAGCGUGGAGAUGUUGAGACACCGCUGUCCCAUCAAACUCUUCACCAUCACCAACAGCCUCGGCAUCUCACAGUCCAAAACCGCCGCCAGGAUCCACGCCAAGAGGCUCGCCCAGGAGCACGACCGACAGGUGAAGCAGUGGAGAGACGAGAUCCAGACCACGAGAAGGACGCAGUACUGCUGUGACGACUCCAGGAAAGCUGCAGCUUACACCUUCACCUGGGGGAAAGUUCGGGUGAGACGAUUUGUGACCGACAACAACUUUCUGCUUCACAUCGUCUGCUCAUCAGUUGAUGAAGGUGUCUGUGUGCUGCAGGUUCCGUCUGUGUCCAGGUCGGACUCCGCAGAUCGAGGAUACUCCUUUGUGACGUGGGCGUUUCGCUUCGCUCAUCAGGUUCGGGUUAACUUCCGUUACCUGCACGGAGAUCCGAUCAAAGCAGUGGAAGUGUCUCCGUACAGCGUCCUCCCAACCAGACAGACGUACGAGUCGCUCCGACAGCGAAUGAAAAUCAUUGUGAUGCGAAUCAUCGCCGACAACCUGGAGGUCCUGAAAGGACCGAGGGGACGAGUGGUGAGACACAUCCCUCACAUCUACUCCGACCGGAUGAAGGAGCAGAGCACCACUGUGAGUCUGGGUGCAGUGAUACCGAACACCACAGAGGAGUCUGUUAGCGUAGCGUACGGCCUUAAAGACUACAUUCCUAUGGUUUCUGGGAAACCAUACCACAUCCUGUGUUGUGGGGACGUCCUGAGCACCGACAGGACCGAGCAAGGCAACCAAAACCAGAACAACGAAACUCCAAACCUGGACCUGAGGUUUGACGGCCUCGUAGAAGCACCUCCAGAGUUUCAGAAGGAACACCUGUUUCAUGAGGAAAUGAUAAAGAUGCUUCUCAGUGAGAAGAGUGAGAACUCUCGAGGAUCUCUUCAUCACAUCAUCUCACUGUUUCACUUCAAGACGUUUAACAACACAGCCAAAGACUACUUCCUCAACAUCUGGGACUUCAUCACGUUUGUGACGACGGCGUACGUGACUCUGUUUGCUGUGACAGAGUGUGGUCUGGACUGUGUGGACCAGAGACCCUCAGACUACCCCUCUCAGGUCUCAGAUCAGAUGGACUGGCUCGGGAACCUGGCUCACAGGCUGGUGGAUCUGGUGUGGAUGCCUCCAUCUCAGGAAGACAUCAACACUGCUGCUGCUGCUGCAGGUCGAAGUGACAGACAGAAGAAAACCUCCCCCUUCUGUUACUGCAGAGAAGAGAAGCCGGAGGAGCAGCUGGUGCGGUGCUGCAGUCACCUGUGUCCAGGUAUCUGGUUCCAUGACGGCUGCGCUCGGGCUCAGACCCUCUCGGACCCACAUGAGGACUGGUUCUGUGGUCCGGACUGCAGUGCAGACGGGACCUACAUCUACUGUCACUGUAAGGAGCAGAAGGGGGGGCAGAUGGUCCAGUGUGGACUCAUGGACAAGUGCAGGAGACACGAGUGGUACCACAGAGACUGUCUGACAGCGGCCGAGCAGAGCAGAGCCGAACAGACUCCGUGGUUCUGCUCAGAGUCCUGCUCAUUGGCUGCUGAUGGCGAGGACUUCCUGUUGAACUACACGAGGGCGGUGGUGUGGGAGGGGCUGUACCACAUGGCCAGACGGGACGCCAUCCAGGAGGGAGACGGAGACGCCAUGAUGGACUUCUGGAAGAUGGACCUGGUUCUGCUGUGGACCAGAGAUCACCAGCAGCUCUUCAACAGCAGCCACCACAUCCUCACUGGGAUGGAGGGGUUCUACCCAGAGCGAGUCAGACAGGACAUGAAGUGGAACCGGGUGUUGAAUCUUCAGGGAACAGCUGGAGGAAACAUCAGCCUGGACCUCCUCACUGAGCUCAUGAUCAACGAGUUCAAAGGUGUGAUCGAGUUCGGUAAAGGCAGCUUCACGAAGCAGCAGGUGGAGCACAGCGCUCAGCUGGCCGGACCUCAGGCCAAAGACCUGGACCGGCUUUUCUUCACAGGGGGAAACCCUCUGAACCUGUGCUCGUACCUGUCCCGUGUGACGUCCCGGUCCUGCAGCAGGAGCGAGGACGUGUCCAGGUUUGUGGAGGAGUUUAAGAAAGACGAGCUGUUUGGGUUCAAACCGGGAAGGAAACAUCAGGGCUUCAACCAGUUCACCUACAGACAGAGGCUCCGCAAACCAGAGAGGCUGGGCAGGACCCUGAGGAGUCUGUCUGAAGACCUGGACCGACGGAGAGACGUGAUCCUCUGAGCACGAGGAGUCAUGUGACACGGUGACGUCACUGCCGUGUUAAAGACUGCGCAGUGACACUGAAGCAGAGAUCCAGUAAAUAAGGAGACGCUCAGCUUGUGAGGAAAAACAGAAUCGACCCCUCCCACCCUUAAGCAGCCAAUCAGGCGACAGCAGCAGGUUACACAGCUGCCUCCUCAUAGGAAGGUGAUGAAGAGGUCACAUGACGUCAGGUGAUGUCACCGUCCCACAGAGAGACAGUCUGUGCUGCCAGACUAUUAGCAUUAGCAUUAGCAUUAACAGCAGGAACCAGACCAGUCACUGUUUGUCACUUUAUCAGUCACACAAUUUUUAUUUUUUAUUAUGUGGCUGAAGUAAAAACAGCUGUUUAUCUGAACACGUGUGUGAUGAGGUGUAAACGUGAAACUGUCAUCGACUUUUUAAAGACUUAUAAAUUCAUUUCUUUUAAAGAUUUUCCAUGAUCUGCAGAAACUGUGUGUGAUCCCAGAACAGCUGCUUCAUCUUUCUGACCUGAAGAUUCACGACUUGUUUCAUAAGUUUUGUAAUGACUUUGUAAUUGAAUUCGUGUUUGAAUUUGUGUUUUCUUGUGCCGUUAUGAGUCUGAUCAGCUCAGGCUUUGUGGAACGGUGAAACAGUCAAACAGACGAGAACACGCCUCCAUAUUUACUGAAAUGAAUGAACCAGUGGAUUUUGACAUAAACAAUAAACAAUUAUUAAAACCAAA